CAGAGAGCAGAUGACUUAAAAAUCUAUCAUCCACAUCCUCAAGAAGAGAACUGGAAGUCCUUUCUCAGAGAAGAAUUGGGAGAAUGCCUCUGCUCUUGUGUUUUUAAUCUUUGGAUUGAAUCAGUCUGCAGACAAGACGAUGUUCUUUGCCAGCACGGGACCUUCAUGUGUCAGAUAACGGUGACAGCUCGGCUGAUAUGGAGCGUUUAAGGAGGACUAAAAUGGAACAUGGCCGACAAACUCAUCAGGUCCUACAGAGCACUCCUUUAGACCUGAUAGAGACAGGCAAGUCUCUAAAAGUGCAGGCAGAGCGCCCUCACCUGGUCAGUUUGGGAAGUGGACGCUUGAGUACAGCCAUCACUUUGCUACCACUGCCUGAAGGGAGAACUACGCUGGGCAGUGAGGGGACAGAUAUCCCUUUACAGGGUCCCGGCAUUGCAGCUCAGCACUGCUACAUUGAAAACCAGGCAGGCAGCAUCACCUUGUACCCAUGUGGAAACCAAUGCUCUGUAGAUGGCCUUCCUGUCAACAAACCUUAUCGCCUCACACAAGGGUGCAUGCUGUGUUUUGGUCAGUCUGCCUUUUUCCGCUUCAACCAUCCAGAAGAGGCCCUGAGGAUGAAGAGCAUGCUGCCAGCAGGGAGCCAAGGAUCCAGCACCACCAGGACCCAUCCAACCGACUCCCAAAGUGUCCUGAAUGGAACCCAUCAGUGUUUUUCCAACAAUGGCAGCUCCAAAAUUAACAGCUUAUCAAAAAACACCCAGGACCUCCAGGUGGUGAAGGCUUCAUCAACAUCAGAGCCCAGUAAACUGGCCAAGCAAACUGUUCCUCAGCCGUCUAAUGUAAACAUGCUUAAUGGGAGAAAUGGCUGCAUGACAGAGGAAUCCACAUAUGAAAACAUCGGCAUUGUUCUGAACCAGAACGUUGGGAACAAAACCCCUCCAGUCCCUGCUCGUAUGCCCAUUACGACCCACACUCCUGUCCCCCAUCCACGGACAUCCCUCUCUGUUGCCUCAAAUGUCAGUAGUGGUGGACAGAGGGCCCAGGACAGCCCAAAGCUACUCAGGAACAUGAGGACAGAGGCUACGUCAAGUCCUACACAGACUUGUAGGGGGGCAGGACAGGGCUCAGAUAACUGUAACACAAGCCAAAGACAAUCCAAAUUUUCCCCAGCAGCUCCGUCCAGCCCUCGUGUAAAAGGUUCAACACUACAAAAGAGACCUCCUAGUCCUAUGCGAGAGCAGGGUCAGCCACGGCUGAGGACUCCUGAGCCCGCUGGAUCCACCAACCUGAGAGAACUUCCUCCUCCCAGCCCUCACAUGUCCCGCAGAGGGGGUCCAGGAUCACAGGGCUCAGGUUCCUCCCUCUCUGCACCUCUUUUCACCUCUAAACCAGUUCCUGACAGCCCUCAGGGCCACCGCAAACUCACACCUCUUACAAAUGCAGAGGCCAUGAGGGCGUUGUAUGCACAGGGUCCAUCACCCAUCUCUGGGCAGGAGAAAGAGCCUGGAAUGAGGAGACCCAGCCCAGGCGGUGGUCUACUUUCAGGUCUGGGUUCCCUGUCUAGUUCAUCUCCUCUAGCCAGCCCUCGUAGCCAAAGGAAGUCCUCCUGCAUGAAAAUGUCAGGAGGCUCCAACAAGGAACCAAGUCUUACAAAACCAUAUAUUCGAGAACGUAAGAACAGCAUCUCUGAGAUCAGUGACAAUGAGGAUGAUUUGCUGGAAUACCACCGCCGGCAGAGAGAAGAGAGGCUGCGAGAACAGGAAAUGGAGAAACUGGAGCGCCAGAGGCUGGAGACUAUCCUGAAUCUGUGUGCAGAGUAUAAUCAGGAGGACAGCACCGUGGAACUGUCUGAGGUGGUGAGGAGUGGGCUUCUAGGGGGCGUUCGAGGAACCUGCUCUGAUACAGGAGGGAGGAUGCCUGUUCAGGAAGUAGACCGGCCCCACAGGUUGAGAGAGAAUGAUGAGGGGAAUCAGAGAGAGGAGUCUAGCAGCACAGAGAGCACACAUCAAGAGUGUGAAGAGCUGUUAGCUGGGCAUGAGCAGAUGUACCUGGAGGAAGAGAGAAACAGGAUUUUAGCAAGAGUUGAUGACCUGAAGCGCAAAGUCAGUGAACUGGAGCAGCAGCUACAAGAGACCAAACAGGAGGUGGAAAUGGAGCAAGCUCUGCUGCAGGCAGAGAGCCAAGCAGAGCAGGAGCAGGUGGAGGCCGAACAUGAAAUCAUCACUCAGCUGCAGCUCAAACUCAGCCAGCUGGACAAGGCCACCCAGAAAGAAAAAGACAAGGGGAGGGCUAAUGUGUCGGCUGAGCGGAAGGUCCUGGAAAAGCAGAGGAAUGAGUACAAUGAGCUGAAGAGGCAGUUUGAUAAGUGCCCCUUGUCUCUAAGGGAACAGUUACAGGAGCAGCUCAGCAGGAAAGCUGAAGCUCUGGAUUCUGGGACCAAACAGUUUGAGGAGCUGGAGUUCUGUCAGCUGGAGGAGGAGAGCAGUCUGGAGGAGAAGAAGGAGACCCAGACCUCACAGCUCCUUCAGGAGAGAGCGGAGUAUCACUGCAGCAUGGCCAAAAGGAAGGAGAAGAUGGCAGCUCUGGAAACUCAAGUGAAGCAGCUGGGAAUUCAGGCUACACAAGACUGUGACAGGAUAGUGAGGGAAAGAACAGUGACUGUGCAUCUGCUGCAGAAGGAGCAGGACAGGUUGAGUGCUCUGGAGAGGAGUUAUCAGACGCUGACAGGAGGAAAGAACUUCCCAAAGCCCAACAGUAACAUGAAAGAGGAGUACCUCAGGCUGUCUGAUGUCUAUAAGAUGUAUGGAAAUGCUUCUAUGCAAGCUCACCCUCCCUCCCCUGCUGCUCUCCACUGCCUCUCUCUCGCUGUAUCUCCAGCUCUGCCCUGUGAGGAGUACAUCACAGUCAGUCAGUUAAGCCAGAUCUUUGGGGUGCAGAGGCUCGAUCCCUGCCCUUCCUCCUCUGUUUCAUCAUUCCAGCUUGCCUCUUCUGAAUCCACCUUCACAUGCCACACAAAUGCAUGUGCCCCCUCCUCCUUUCUUUCUGCGCAGAGCCAGCCUGAGCUGAGCAGGAAUGCGCUGCCUCCUAUUAACCUCGAGCGCUGGUACCAGGAUAUCAUGGCUGCUGGAGAGCCUCAGUCAUGUCCACCACCAUUGCCUGCAAAGUCUUUUUCCGCACGCAGACAAGGGCAGCUGUUGAAAUCCAAAUCUGAGGGUGAGGUUGGACAGGCUGCUUCAUGUUCUCAGGUCAGCAGUGCUGCAGCCCCCUUACCCACCGCCAGCGGAGUUCCUCAUGAUAAAAAUGCAUCUGCCAAAGGUUUACAGUUGGUGCUGAGAGAACUGUCAAAUCCAUUUGACACAGACUCCAGAAGAACUAAAGAUCCCUCUUCCACAGUCCAUCACUCCUUCCUGCAUCAUCAGUCGCCACCAAGUGGCAACCAGGCGUACGACACACUGAGCCUCGAGAGCUCAGACAGCAUGGAGACCAGCGUCUCCACCGGCAACUCCGCCUGUUCCCCAGAAAGUGCCAGUGGGCUUGAGGCCCAGAGGAUAGAGGAGAUGGAGAAGAUGUUGAAGGAGGCACAGCAGGAGAAAGCCCGGCUGAUUGAAAACAGAGAGAGGGAGGUGCAGGCUCGGCGGCAGAUGUUGGAGGAGGAGCGGAGGAGGCGAGAGGAGGCCGAGAGGAGGCUUCAGGACGAGACAGCCCACAGGCAGAGGCUGGUGGAGGAGGAGGUGAAGAUGAGAGAGAAACACUUCUCCCAGGCCCGUCCAAUGACACGCUACCUGCCAAACCGUAAGGAGGAGUUCGACCUGCGUGCCCACGUGGAGUCGUCCGGCCACAGCAUAGACACCUGCCCCUUCGUCAUCCUCACAGAGAAAAUGUGCAAAGGUCACCUGGUGAAGAUGGGAGGCAAAAUUAAAUCGUGGAAGAAACGCUGGUUCGUUUUUGACCGCAUCAAGAGGAACUUCUGUUACUACGUGGACAAGCAUGAGACCAAGCUGAAAGGACUGAUUUACUUUCAGGCUAUUGAAGAGGUUUACUAUGAUCACCUACGCAGUGCCACCAAGAGCCCAAACCCAUCUUUGACCUUCUGUGUAAAAACUCACGACCGGCUUUACUACAUGGUGGCCCCCUCCCCGGAGGCCAUGAGGAUCUGGAUGGAUGUCAUAGUAACAGGUGCCGAGGGCUACACACAGUUUAUGAGCUGAGGGACCACUGGGUGACAGAUUUGGAGGAUGACAGGGACUGAGCGAGCACCCAAACACCUGCAAACCGAGCAGAGCUGCUCCCUGCCGCCGCUGAAGUGGAGCUGAAGGUGAAACACGGCUUGAUGGCGUGUAAAAGGGAUGGACAUCUGAGGAGAUGAAUAAUGUGGUGCUCGCUCAAAGAGCCCGAUGCCUUAAAGCAAACAAGGGCUUAGUAAUGACAAAGGUGCAUAUGAAUUAAUUAGAGGUUGUAUUUAUCUUUCAGCCAUUAUAACAAGAAAAUAUGUCAAGUAAACAGCCAGUAGAUCUAAAUAUACUGUCAAUAAUAAUAAUGUAAUAUGAGUUUCAGGAAGAACACAAGAUUUCUUACUUUACAUAAGCUCAAACCGUUUACAGCUUCAAAUCUAUGCAUGCAUUGCUCUCAGUUUUACUAAUGCCUUUAUUUCUUUUUGAUACAAUUUCUACUUUUUUCCUUUACAUCUUCAACUUUUGGCAGAUGAUAAAUUGAUUUCUCAUGUUAAUCAAGUUCAGAAAUAAAUAUUCUAGAAUGUCCUACAUUUGCUAUUAUUUAUUGAAUUGAAAGAUGGUGCCAAAUAGUUUACAUUAUUAACAUUUUAUUCAGACCAUGCAAAUGUUAAUAUCAGUUCAUUUGGUUAUAUUAUUGAAGGGCUUCUCACAGAGACAAAUAAAGCAGCAUUUAUAUGUCUGUAUUUGACAGAUUCAUUAAAGAGACACUUCCAUUAGGAUUUUAACAAAAUUCAUAAACAAAAUUAUGUUUAAGUCAUGUAACAGUAUUGUAAGCUACACAUGUACAUGUAAUAAAUAAAAGUAUAUGAUGCAUCUGUUGGUUUGUGUUGUGCCUGAUAAACUGUCAGCUUGUUGCGAAUAAAUUGGAUAAAUUAAAUACAGUCUGUUACAAACAA